AUCGUCCCACUCUUCGAUGGCCAACAUUAAUGGUUAACAUUUAAAUACAAAUAUACGAUAGGUUUACAGAACCCAUCUCCUGAAAGCAUGCUUAGGUUAUUGAAGUCAUGAUAAUCAUGAAAUGGUUAUGCAAAAAAAGGAAGGUCAUGUUAUAGGCCCAUCCACCUGUCAGCCAGACUACAAGAUCUGUCAUUGGUGGGGAAAGCAAUAUUAUUCACACAUGUUGCAUGGAAACCCCUGAGGGUUUAUGAUAGUUUAAAGAUAAAGCCUAUAAAAUACUCAGCACUGAGUGUUUUGUAUCUCCACCUCGAGCAGUAAAUGUUCUAGUGAAGGAUGAUUCUGCUGAGAGCAGCUCUGCAUCUUCUCUCCCUCCUGACUGUCAGAGGAGGGCAACCUGUAUGUCAGACAUACGGAACAAAAGAACUGUCUCAGUUUUCUAAAGAGGGAGACAUCAACCUUGGAGGCAUUUUCUCCUUCCAUCAGAACCCAGUCACUGUCAAUCCAGGUCUACAGGUGAAUCCAGGAACAAUCCAAUGUGAAGGACUGGACCCAGGAGAGCUCCAGUAUGCAUACACUAUGAUGUUCGCCAUAGAGGAGAUCAACAACAGCUCGGAGCUGCUGCCAGGGUUGACACUCGGCUACACAAUCUUUGACUCCUGCCCCAGUAUCCCUCUGUCCAUCAAGGCGUCAUUAAACCUGAUGAACAGGUAUGCCAGUGGGGAAGUAAGCUGCCCCAGACUCUCCAAUGUACAUGCAGUCAUAGGAGAAACCACAUCCACCUCCACAAUAGGUAUUGCACGCACUGUGGGACCCUUCCAUAUACCUGUGAUCAGUCACUCAGCUACUUGUGCAUGUCUUGGUAACAGAAGAGAUUACCUGUCCUUCUUCAGAACGAUACCAAGUGACAUUUACCAGAGCAAAGCGUUGGCAAAGCUGGUAAAACACUUUGGCUGGACCUGGGUGGGGGCUAUCAGAACUAACAGUGACUAUGGAAAUGGUGGCAUGGCCACGUUCCUGGAAGCAGCUGAAAAGGAAGGUGUAUGUGUUGAGUACUCGGUGGCUAUUUACAGGACUGACCCCAGAAAGCGGUUCUUAGAGGUGGUUGAUAUCAUAAAGAAAUCCACGUCGAAAGUGAUCGUAGCAUUCGCUGACGGCACAGACCUUGACAUUCUCAUCAAAGAGCUUCAUGCUCAGAAUGUGACCGGCCUGCAGUGGGUGGGCAGUGAGGGCUGGAUCACAUAUCGCUAUAUUGCCUCUCCUGUCAACUACGCUGUGGUUCAGGGGGCAGUAGGCUUUGCGGCACUCAAUGCUCACAUCCCUGGAUUACAGGAGUUCCUGGUCAACAGCAGACCCUCGACCGCACCAGGAGACCGGGGACUGCUGGAGCUGUGGGAGAAGGUGUUCAGCUGCACCCUGACUCCCCAUGCAGAGACUCAGGGUUCAGUGGCAGCGUGCACUGGAAAGGAGUCUCUGCGGGAUACAAACACACGCUUCACUGAUGUUUCAGAUGCUAGUCUGCUGAAUAAUGUUUACAAGGCUACAUAUGCUGUAGGCCAUGCAUUGCACAUGCUGUUUACCUGCAAAGAUGGACAGGGGCCUUUUGAGAACAACACCUGUGCUGACAGGGAAAAUAUUCAACCAUGGCAGGUGCUGCAUUAUCUGACUCAGGUGAAUUUCACCACUAAGAUUGGUGAAAAUGUGUUCUUUGAUGAGUUGGGGGACCCUGUGGCACGUUACGCUCUGGUAAACUGGCAGAUGGGUGAGACAGGUUACAUACUCUUUGAGACUAUUGGUUACUAUGAUGCUUCCCAUCCUGAGGGUCAGCAGUUUGAGAUGAAAGGAGACAGAAAAGCCAUCUGGGCAGAUGAGAGUCUUGAGGUGCCGCGGUCCAUUUGCAGUGAGAGGUGUUUGCCAGGGACCCGUCGGGCUUUUGUGAAGGGCAAACCUAUCUGCUGCUUCGAUUGCAUCAUCUGUGCUGAAGGGGAGUUCAGCAACAGUACAAGUGAGACAGCAGGACUCUUGGCCUUUACUCUCGCGCUCAUCAUGUUUCUGUUGGGCAAAAUCCCUGCCAGCGCUUUACUGUUCUAUCUGAGGAUGUGUGUGCUGUACAGCUUAAAUAUAUCUAUGCUUUCAGAUGCAGUGAAAUGUGACAAAUGUCCGCCCGACUACAAGUCCAAUGAAGAGAGGAACAGCUGUGACUUGAAAGUCAUCGAGUUCCUCACCUUCAGAGAACUCAUGGGUAUCCUGUUGGUCACUUUCUCUGUCUUCGGGGCGUGUCUGGCGAUGACAAUAGCCUUGAUUUUUUUCCACUACAGACAGACUCCCGUUGUCAGAGCCAACAACUCAGAGCUGAGCUUCCUGCUGCUCUUCUCCUUGACUCUGUGUUUCCUGUGUUCUCUGACCUUCAUCGGCCGGCCGUCAGAGUGGUCCUGCAUGCUGAGACACACUGCGUUCGGCAUCACCUUUGUCCUCUGUAUCUCUUGUGUUCUGGGGAAAACCAUAGUUGUUUUAAUGGCCUUUAAAGCGACACUUCCAGGCAGUAACGUGAUGAAAUGGUUUGGACCCGCACAGCAGAGACUCAGUGUUCUGGCUUUCACUCUCAUACAGGUUUUAAUUUGUAUUCUGUGGCUGACGAUCAAACCUCCAUUUCCCUUAAAAAAUACAGAACACUAUAAAGACAAGAUUAUACUGGAGUGUGCUCUGGGUUCACCUGUCGGCUUCUGGGCUGUGUUAGGAUACAUAGGACUCUUAGCAUUGUUAUGUUUCUUUCUUGCCUUUUUGGCUCGAAAGUUACCAGAUAAUUUUAACGAAGCUAAAUUCAUCACGUUCAGCAUGUUGAUAUUCUGUGCAGUCUGGAUCACAUUUAUUCCGGCUUAUGUCAGCUCACCUGGGAAAUUCACUGUGGCUGUGGAGAUAUUUGCUAUUUUAGCCUCUAGUUAUGGACUUCUCUUCUGCAUUUUUAUUCCCAAGUGUUACAUCAUUUUAUUGAAACCUGAGAACAAUACAAAGAAACAUUUAAUGGGUAAAUUGACCUCAAGAGCCCUUUAAUGUUUUAUUUAAUUAAAAAAAACAAAAACAGCAAUCAAUUGUCAACAUUUGUCUGUCUCUAGUUUGUUUAUAGAUGUAUUAAUUAUAUAUGAAGACAUUUUAGGUGGCAGAUGAUUUAUUAAAACUAUUCUUAUAGUGUUAUUUAUCAAUAAUGACAUUUUCAAGAGUGUAAUAUUGUAUAAAUGAUUAAUUAAGACAUGGAAUGUGGCACUGAUACCACUGAUUGUGCUUGUGUAACUAUUUCUUUGAGUUGUUUGACAUUGAUACAGUACUGUUUUAUAAAAA